AUGGCCGGAAAGACAUUGGGCCGAUCGUCGGGGUCCCUCAACGCCCCCAUAGCCGCCUUCACCAUGGCGGUCAUCCUCUGCUCUUACUGCAUCAGUUCCAUCCACACUGCCCGUCGCGAAGCACAGUCCUCUUCCCCCAUCACUAGCACCACCAAUCCCCGUCCCAAGCGGGCGGACGCUCAACAAUCCUGGGUCCAGCAGGCUUUGGAGGAAAGCCGGGGCGGCAAGGACGCUUGA